UAAAGCCUUUCCACAAGACAUUAGCACGAUUAUCACCUUCAAGACUGGAGCGAUGAGAAUGUGAAAUUUGCAUUGUGGUUGAGUUGAAUUGAAUAAAUCCAUGCGAGGAGAAGCUAGGCUGCUACAAAGGGUGGAAAGAACAUCGGGAUUCUAAUAAUAGGUUUGAAAUCCACAUGCAACAAGACUUGGACAAUAUGCAGAUUUAGACUGGAGAUAGUGAGGGCUGCAGAUGCUGGAGAUCAGAGCUGAAAAAUGUGUUGCUGGAAAAGCGCAGCAGGUCAGGCAGCAUCCAAGGAGCAGGAGAAUCGACGUUUCUGGCAUAAGCCCUUCUUCAGGAACUUUGUUGCUUGCCAAUUUUCAUGACGUUCAGGAUUAAAUGCCAUGGCACCUUUUAUGCCCUAGUACCUUGGUGAAAAUUACAAUAAUUCAUGUACAAAUCUAUGAAAAUGAGUGUCACUGUGGGACAUCACAUGGAAAAUCUCAGCAGAUCUACCUGCAUCUGUGGAGAGCAGAGUUAACCUUUCAAUAAGACCAUAACUUUCGAUCAUCGCUGAAUUCUGGGGUGAGCUUGCUAAAGGGUUUUAUUGGAAGAGCCCUCCGAAAGGAACAAUUCUGGAUUAUAAUUUUGAUGUUUCAAAAGGAAAUGUGUAUGUGAAGUUCAUGCAAGGAGCAACAACAAACAUCUGCUACAACCUGCUGGAUAGAAACAUACAAGAAAAUGGUCAGGGAGAUAAAAUAGCUUAUUUCUGGGAAGGAAAUGAACCCCAUGUCUGCUCCACCAUCACCUACUCUCAGCUCUUAAAGCAAGUCUGCAAGUUUGCCAAUGUUCUACGGACUUUAGGGGUGAAGAAAGGUGACAGAGUUGCCAUAUAUUUACCAGUGAUCCCAGAGCUGAUAUAUGCAAUGCUGGCAUGUGCAAGGAUAGGAGCGGUGCACUCAGUGGUGUUUGCAGGUUUCUCAGCUGAAUCUCUGUGUGAGCGAAUAUUAGAUUCACAAUGUGUAUUACUGGUUACUGCAGAUGGUUUCUACAGAGGAGAAAAGCUGGUAAACCUAAAGCAGAUCGCAGAUGAUGCCUUGGAGAAGUGCAAAGACAAAGAAAACUUUAUUCUGAAAAAGUGCAUUGUGGUACAACACCUUGGUGAUCAAGUGGGAAACAACCAUGAACAGGAGAGUUGUAACAUCCUGCAGUUAUUCUGGAACUGUGAAACAGAUAUAUGCUGGGAUGCACUAAUGAAAGAUGUGAGUGAGCAUUGCGAACCAGAAUGGGUUGAUGCUGAACAUCCACUCUUCAUCCUCUACACAAGUGGAUCAACAGGAAAACCCAAGGGUGUACUGCACACUGUUGCAGGCUAUUUAAUUUACACUGCGGUCAGUUUUAAAUAUGUCUUUGAUUACCAUGACGAUGAUGUCUACUGGUGCACAGCUGAUAUUGGAUGGAUUACUGGACACUCCUAUGUUAUCUAUGGUCCACUGGCGAAUGGUGCGACAUGUGUUCUUUUUGAAGGUCUCUUACUCUAUCCACAUGUCGGGAGGCUGUAUGAAAUGAUUGAAAAGUAUAAAGUGACAAAGCUUUACACAGCGCCCACAGUGAUUAGGAUGCUGAUGAAGUUUGGAGAGGAACCAGUGAGAAAGUUUGAUCUCAAGUCUUUGAGGAUCCUAGGCUGUGCUGGAGAGCCCAUUAACCCCGAGGCUUGGACAUGGUAUCAUCGUGUCAUUGGUAAUGGCAAGUGUCCAAUCGUGGAUACCUUCUGGCAGACUGAAACGGGUGGCCCAAUGAUGACUCCUUUGCCUGCUGCUACACCAUUGAAGCCAGGAUCAACUACAUUUCCAUUCUUUGGGGUUCUCCCUGCAAUUCUCAAUGAGCACGGUGAGGAACUGGAGGGAGAAGCUGAGGGUUACCUGGUAUUCAAACAGCCUUGGCCAUCCAUACUGCGCACUGUAUAUGGAGACAAGGAACGCUUUGAGACAACUUACUUCAAACAGUUCCCAGGAUUUUACUUGACGGGAGACAGUUGCAGGCGCGAUGGAGAUGGCUAUUACUGGAUCACUGGAAGGAUAGAUGACAUGCUGAAUGUCUCAGGUCACCUGCUGAGCAGUGCAGAGGUGGAGUCCGCCCUGGCAGAGCACAGUGCCGUCGCAGAGGUGGCUGUGGUGAGCCACCCCCACCCUGUGAAGGGCGAGUGCAUCUACUGUUUUGUCACUCUUAAGGAUGGAAGGGAAUUGACUCAGUUCAUUACAGAUGAACUGAAAAACAAAGUACGGCAAAAGAUUGGACCGAUAGCAACGCCUGACUUCAUACAAAAUGCGCCUGGGCUCCCAAAGACCCGUUCAGGUAAAAUAAUGAGGCGCAUCCUGAGGCGUAUUGCUUGCAAUGAGAAAGACUUGGGGGAUACUUCCACUCUCAUAGACCCAAGCGUGGUGGAAGUCCUGUUCAGCCAACGGUGUCAAGCAGCUGCUUAAAAUAUGAUAAUGAAGGGACAUUUCUGAUCAAUUCCAACACUCAGUGGGCCAGUAAUUGCAAAGAUAUUCUAGCUUUUUAAUGAAAACAAAAAUCAAAUACUUAGUAACCUGUCUCUUUAAGCAAUGUCUUUGUACAAACCUUUCACAACAUCUAAUCGCAUCCAAAAUAAUUCCAUGGUUUUAAUCCAUCUCUGAUGGAGUUGGAAGUCUAUUGCACAUAUUGAUCUUUGUAUGAAGGAGACCCUGUUAUCAAUCCUCACAUUACCUUUCUCAGAGUUAAAAUUAUGUCCCUGUUUUUUAUUGACGUAAUUCAAACCUGUAUUCUGCAUUGACUUUUUCAGUGGUUUGAUCAAGCAUAGUAAUUUUCCUAAAUUAAUCUCUCAGUGCUUUCCUUUCCAGAUUAAAAAGACUCAUGGAACUGCAGUUUCUCAGCAUCACAGAGUGAUAUUGGGGAGCAGUUUCCAUUCUGUAUUUUGCAGUGACUCCAUUGUUUUAAUGACCCUUCAGUUUCUCACUGAUUAUCAUAUUUAAAUUGAGGCCACUUAGAAGAGCAUUGCUUGGGAAGGUGUGCUUCUCAUCUUGUCCUUGAGAGAAUUUGCACUCAUCUUCCGUCUGUUUGAGUCUUUUAUGGUUUUCCCCUCUUUUCGACUGCUUUGCCACUGCAGGAUUUAUGCAGAUCACGUUUGCUCUAUGUUUCUCUUUUCAAUUGCUAAUGAAAUGGGAGUCUAAUGGAAGUCAAUGGCCCAGUGGACUGUUAAUCCAGAGACCCAGAUAACAUUCUGGGGACCCAGUUUUGAAUCUUGCAACAUCAGAUGGGGAUUUUGAAUUCAACAAAUAUCUGGAAUUAAAAGUCUAAUGAUGAUCACGUAUCAAUUGUCGAUAAUCCUAUCUGGCUCACUAAUGUCUUUUGGGGAGGGGAAACUGUCUUCCUUGCCUGGUCUGGCCUACGUAUGGCUUGAGACUCCAGUAAUGAGAUUGCUUCUGAAUUGCCCUGAAUGAAUGAAGAAAUAUUCAGGGUCGUGUGGUUUAGUGCGAGGUUGUAUAUUUUGGUCUAUUAACCUCUUGGUCACCAUGCCUCAGGCAAGGGGAGAGGUUGAGAAGGAGAGCCCUUCAUGGUAACCUCAGCUAGUGUGGGAAUUGAACCCAGGCUGUUGAUGUCACAUAGUAUCACAAACCAACCAUUCAACCAACUAAGCUAACGAACCCCCCUUCCUUUAGUAAUAUUUUCAUGGGAUCUAAAUCAAUCAUUGACUCCAGUAAACCAUUCUGCAGUCCCAUAGCUCUCUGUGUAAAAGCUUCCUCAUGCUCUUCAUAAUCCUUACACCUUGUGUCUCCUCAUUCUAGAAUCACUUGCACCUAUUCUGUUCCAUCCCUUCAAAGAUUAAUUACACCUUUCAACACAUCCCAUAAUUUUCUCUCUUCUGUUAAAAAAGGCACAAUUUCUCAAGUCUUUUUUCAAAUUAAAAUCUCAUAUGUCUAAAUGAAAUACUAAUUGUGAAUACAAAUUUGAUUCUGAACAUUUGUAUUUUGCCAGUUUCCUGCACUUUUCAGCUUAAGUAAUAAAUCCUCUUGAGAAGGAUAGUCACAUGAUCAAGCCUAAUCCUGUCCUCUCUUGCUGGUCACAUGCUCUCCACACUGCCCCAGUCUAAGCUAUGCAGUGCCGUUGUUCCUGGUAGAGGUCAGCUAGCUCAGUAUGAACCCAAUACAGACACAAUGAGCCAAGUGGCCUCCUUCCACUAUGAUUCCACCUGACCUUAAGACCCACAGUGAUUUUCAAGUUGGCACCUCAGUAAAUCUUCGCUCCUUCAUUGCCAGCACACAGUAGCAGCAGUGGGCACCAUCUGCAAAAUAUACUGCAGCAACUCGCCAAGGCUUCAACAGCACUUUCCAAAAUCACAAUCUUUACCACUUUAGAAUAGUAAGGGCUGCAGAUCCACAGGGCCAGCAUCACUUACAAGAUCAUUUUCAAGUCACUCAUCAUCCUGACUCGUAACUAUAUCACUGUUCUUUCAUUGCCACUGAGUCAAAAUCCUGGAAUUUCUGUCCAAGUGGCAUUGUCAGUGUAUUUACACCAAGGUGGACUACAACUGUUCAAGAAGGCAGUUCCCUACCACCUUCUCUCAGCCAAUUAGGGGUGGGUAAUGAAUGCUGACCAUGUCAAUGCCCUCAUUCCAUGAAUGAAGAAUAAGGCGCAUUGUGGAGUCUAAACUUACCACUGAGCUAUUCAGGCUGUACCUUAACCAUACUUGAUUAUAAACAUUAUUCACCAUUAAUUGCUUUCAUGUGAAGCAUUGCAUUUGCUGCUACCUAAAGAGCAGCACUAUUUAAUUUUAAAGAAAGCAUAUGUUAUACAUCAGCUUGAUGCCAAAAAGUCUUCUUAUUAAGAUCUCUUGCUCUUUAAAUUCUUACUGAGUGGUGUAUUUCUAUGAACAAGAAAGAGACCACAGAUCCGUCUAGGAAGUCUGUUAAACACCAGCUUAGACAUUUUGCAUUUUCCUGUUUCUAAAUAAUUUCAAAUUUACAAUGUAUCGUUUCCACUAUUCCUGUUCUUUGCUAUAGUAAGCAACAGAAUUAAACCAACAAGUGAGCUCUCUUCGUUUGCCUUGUGAUUGAUAACAUUGUAUACUUAAUCCUUGAAACUAGAUUAUCAAUAAAAGUCUAUCAUUCUCCUCGUA